AUGGAUGCCUUGUUCGGCCGGCGGAAGAGCCGCCCCCGAGAGUCAUCUGCAUCGCAAUCUGAGCUUAGCGAACGGUCUGUGCGCUAUGAGAACACCACUCGGGACCGCCCGCCCUUACCCGUGGGGACUAUGUCUCAAGCACUACGGACGUCUGGAUCCUCCGGAAUAUCUGCCCCAACGCAAAACCCAGGCCUUACCUCUAACGGGACAGAGAUGAACUUUACGCGCUCGCGCAGAAGAUUAGAUCUUUCCGAAGGAGAACGUCCCACUUCUCCCAGUCCUUCAAACAUGUCCGGUUCCAGUUAUGGAUAUGGGUUUGAAUCCCCGAGGAGGACUCGUGAUAUGGAUGCUACAAUACGGGCAGGCGAUAGGCGCAACACUGGCGCUAGUGCACCCGGUUCUGAUUUUGGUCCUCCUAUGUCGCCACCUGGAUCCUCUCGUCACGGGGGUCAUCGCCCGUCUUCAUCUCUCACAAUGAAAAGUGAUACGUCGCGUACAUCCCACUACAAUACACAGCAAGCUGCCUCGACUCUCAGUUCCUUGCGACAGCUAAAAUCCGAUGAUGGCUUUUACAUGGAUCGACCCUCUGAUGACGUUAUUCAAUCUAUGUUUUUGGGCGUUGGGAAGAGUCUUGAUGUCGGCGGAGAGGGGCUCACCAUGGAAAACAAGUGGCUCAUCGUCUAUGAGAACGAGAGGAAGCGCUGGCGUGAAGAACAAGCCAAGGCCAAGGCUGCAGACAAACGAGCUACGGCAGGAAGUGGUGCAGGUUCAAUAGGCUUAAACACCAAGGAUACUGGAGAAUAUUACAUACAAAAGUUCAUGACCAACACGAUCACUCCCAAGGAUAUCCAGGGGCUUGGUGUUUCGUUGCGCACUAUGCCCUUGGCCUGGUUUCACGACUUUAUAGACAUGCAAGGCAUUGCCGUUUUGGCAUCCCGCUUGAACUCCUUAAAUCGGCCAGCAACACGGAGGACUGAGGUUGAAACCCUACAGGAAAUCGAGAUUCUCAAAUGUCUCAAGACGCUUUUGAACUCCCAGGUUGGUCAACGAGAAGCUAUAGCGCAACAGACGACCGUGAAUCACUUGGUUACCGUUCUUGCCAGUCCUCAUAUUCCCUCCAGGAAAGCCGGUCUAGAAUUAACGAUUGCUCUCAUUUACGCCGAGGACCAUUCCUAUCAAUUAGGACCAUUCACGUUCUGGUUCCAGACGACCUUGAAUAUUCUAUUAAGUCGUGGCAGGAUGGGAAGUUUGGUGGGGACCAGCAAGGAUUUCAAGAAAGCUGUGGGCGCAGAUUCGGGGCUGGGAGAUUACACACUUCAUACAAUCAUGACCCUCAAUGCGAUAUUGACUCGAGCUCCGGACCUGAAAACUCGCAUAUCCCUUCGUACGAACAUGGAGAUGGCUGGAGUCCAGCAGAUCAUCGACUUUGCCAAGGAGAUGGGCAACGUGACGGACGGAAUGAUGACCAACUUGAACCAAUACCUUGCGUCUUCAGAGGAGGAUCAGGCCGAAUUAAGGGACCAAUUAGGGCGGGAAGUGUUGAGCAAUAUGCAGGAUCCAUACGAGCUUUUCAAGACGGUCAACGAGACUAUCAGAGAAUCCCCGGCCCAGGCGUAUUUCUUAUCCUGUCUGAAGCACCUGUUGCUUAUUCCGCAAGACGACACGGACACUCGCACGAAGUACUAUCAGGUUAUCGAUGGGCUGAUUACCGAUAUCAUCCUUGAGCGAAGAGCGUCGUAUGCACACGAGUUUGGCGAUCCCUGCUAUUUCGUUCCAGAAGCUUGCUUCCAGCUUCAGGCAACUUGUUCGAUAAAGUAUGACAAGGAGAGGCUGGAUGAGGAGCUGGGGAAAGGAUCUGACGGUUUAGUCGGUGACCUCAAGGCCAAAGUCGCAAUACUUGAAGACAAGCUUCGCCAAUCGCGUGACAAUUCGAACGCGCUCCAAGCUAAACUGGUUGAAGAAGGACGAUCGCAUCGAGAGAGGAUUGAGCAGCUGGAGUUCCAAAUCCUCGAGCUAUUUAAUAUGCUCAAGGUCGGUAGAGCGAACAUGCUGUCCAGUGCGGGUAACCAAGAGAGCACCGGACGUCGCCAGCUGAUUGAACAGGCGAGCAGCAACCUCGAUCCGGAGGAAAAAGUCUCGAAUCAAUGGGAACGGCGCUGGCGUGCCGGGCCUGAUGGUCAUUCUCAAUUCCAGGAUGCAGAUAAUGAGUACAUGGAGAGUGAGCGUUCAUUUGAUGCUUAUCCAGCGAGAGACCCUGCGACAGUGCGAAGCACCAGACAUCGCAAUGGUACGGGUGAUGCAUCCCCUCGUCGUACGGGAGCAUCUAGACUUCCUAUCGACAGUCCGCGUCAAGGAGAUGAUCAAGCUCAGGGCGGCUUGAUCCGCAAGCGUUCGCUACCUCCGCGAUUCCUCGCCGAACUCUCGAACAAACUUGGUAGUCGGACCCCAUCUGGAACAACCAUUAGAGAAGGGCGUGACGACAGCGAGCAUGCAUCUCGAGAAAGCGGGUACACUGACGAUACUGUUCCAACAUCUGCUGAUGCACAUGGCCAAUCUGGAGGGCUUGCUGUUCCUACAGAUGGAACCGCCGCUGGAGCUGGGGGCGAAAAACGAUCUGGGUCGCCUGGUAAAGGCCUCAUUCGCGUAAAGAGCGUACAUGUUCCUGGCUCACUGCGAUCAACUGGCCGGGUACUGACGAAGGCGCCGUCGAUAGGGAAGAAGAGUCGAUCGUACAGAGAGCAAGCCGGUCGAACCCAGCCCACCAGUUGCUGCACCUCCGCCCGCCACCUCCGCCACCACCACCACCACCACCUCCUCCUCCUCCUCCGCCGCCGCCGCCACUGGAGUCCUCCACCUCCCCUCCCCCCUCCUGGUGCCCCACCUCCACCGCCACCGCCACCACCGCCCGGUGCUCCGCCACCGCCGCCGCCUCCAAUGCCCGGUAAACAGGGGUCAAUCCCCAAGCGCCCGGUUUACCUUUCGGCGAAAAUGCCUCCAAACGCAAAGAUCACAGCAAGUGGGAAAGACACUUGGGGCGAGGACUAUACGGAGAAGGAGCGCGAAUGGGCACGCAAGUUAUUUGGAGAUGGUGUAUGGCAGGAAAUGGAGGAAGAUUUCAAGGCAAAACAACUUGUUAUGAACCUUAUGGCUAGGCAGAAGCGCGCCGAGCUCAAGAGUGUGCUUGACCAACAGACCAAGAAACGAGUCGAGAUUAUCAUCCAACGCGUCAAACGUUUGACUCCCGAGGAGAUUGCGACCAAGAUUCUUCAAUCCGAUCGUGAAGUAUGCACAGAGAGCUUCCUUGACGAACUCAAGCGUGUUCUCCCAUCCCCUGAGCAAGUCGGCAAACUCAAUAUCUAUCGGAAUGCGACUAUGGAGGAACUAUCUGAGCUCCACCUUCUGAUCGGCUCAUGGUCCAACUCAUCAAGAUUAACCGACUUGGUCCCCAAUGAUGUCUGUAUUUACGGUAUUGAAUCUGAGCAUGCGCUAACUGUUUCCUCUACAGGGUGCAAAAAAGUUGAUCGAGGCGUGCGAGAGUCUAAGAACGCCCCUAUGUUCAAAGAACUCAUGUCUUUGGUCGACACCAAGUCGAUUAACAAUACAACUCUGCUUCACUUUUUGGAGAAGACUGUCUCGAAGCACUUCCCAGAUAUGGAAAGGUUUAUGGACGAACUACAAAAACCAGAAGAAGCAUACCGGGUAAACCUCCUGGAAGUCAAGAAACACUUUGGAGAGAUGCGUGUUGGUCUGAAGUCCAUUCGCACCGAACUCGCGGAGCAUUUCUCAGACAUCGACUCUCUACCACCUGAUGAUCAAUACCCGAAAAAGAUGUGGCGAUUCCUCACCGAAGCAACGGAACAGCUUGAGGAUCUCAGCGACGCCGUCAAGCAGGCCGAAUUGAAGUUUGCUGACACCCUACGCUUCUAUGGUGAAGACGAGAAGAUGAGCUCGGCGGAAUUCUUUGGUAUAUUCAAAACCUUCUGCACAUCUUAUCGGAAAUGCCAAACCGAUAAUCGUACCGCUGCAGAAGAAAAGGUUGUUGCAGAAAAGCGGCGCCAAUAUGCGGAGGAAUCUCGUCUUGCAAGACAAAAGGCACGGGAGGAAGAAACCGUCCGCGAUCCUCAGGAUGCAGCUAUUUUGGACACGCUUCUGGAGCGACUUCGCAAUGGCGACACCAUGCCUCGAACUCGAAAGUCAAGGAGAACGCGCCCAAGUGUCCACCGCCUUCCUGCAGCCCUCACAAUGGCAGGGAGUACAACAGUGUCCGAAGGUGCCUUGAGUGGGAUUGGAGAUAACGCCGGUGCAAUGAAAUCCGAUGACGCUAUCGCUCCGGCAGAAGUUGUCGCCGACAAGGCAAAAGAUAUGUUGGCCGAGCUUCGACAGGCAGGCUUUGGUGCGUCGCUUCCCAGUCCAAACUCGAUGGGUACUCUUCCCCGUUCGUCCCGAACAGGCGGAGGUAGCACACGUCGAGCCCGAGCCCGCGCAGAAGCCCGAGCCAGUGCUUCAAACCUUCGGGUACAUCCCGAAGAAGGACCCGUGGAUACCAAUGGGGGGCUCCACUCUGCAUCCCUAUCGGAAACAUGGACAACAAACUCGCUUCCAUCCACGCCAGGCCUCGGCGACGGGCAUUCUCCAGCCGGCGGUCACAGCCGUAGUGCGUCACUUGUUCAACCCCAGCCCGGAAUAGAUACCCAUGGUGCCGACAGCGAGGUUGAACCUGAUACAGCUGAUGUAAUGGUUAACAUCAAAUCACCCACAGAGCUGGGCUCCGUGCGGUCUUCGGUUGCAUUGCCUGACAGCGCUGGACCAAUGCAACCACCAACGCAGCGAUGA